CUAAUGAGGUGUCACGGAUAGGUGGAACUGAUAGACAGCACUGAUAGGUGGCAAUGACUGGCAGCACUGCUGGGCUGCACUGAUGGGCACAGGUGGGGUGCACUGCUGGGCACAGGUGGGUGGAACUGCUGAGUGGCAUUGCUGGGCACCGAUCAUCAGGGCACUGAUCAUCAGUGCCCUGAUGAUCGGUGCCGAUCCCUGCUCUGACAACUGCCGGUUCUCGGCAGUACUUUCCUCAUGCUCUGACAGCGUGAGGAAAGUGCAGCCAAGAACCGGCAAUUGCAUUUCCCGGUAAUCAGCG